AUGCGGCGAAGCAGGGCUUUGACAGAGGAUGGUUUUGAAGAGACCAUGGCCGCAAAUCACUUGGGGCACUUUCUUCUGGUGAAUCUUCUGCUCCCAGACCUUCUUCAACUGGAGGCCAUGGGCAAGCAGCCGAGGGUCGUUGUGGUUGGUUCGAACAUCUGCUACGCGCACGACGUCUUUGACUUCAGCGAGUUGACCUGCGCUGCCGAGCCCCCGCUGCGACAGCAUUUCCUCGCCAAGCCAUACUCCCUCUUCCGGGCAUAUGGCCAGUCCAAGCUGGCGAAUCUGAUGAUGUGCCGCCAGCUGGCGCUGCGCCUGCGCCAGCGAGGAAGCAGGAUACAGGUGAACUGUGUGCAUCCAGGUGAAGUUCUCACCCAGGUCUUCAAUGACUUCCAUCCAGUAAUCCUGGCGUUGUAUUCUGCACUGCAGCCUGCUGCGCAGCUGUUCUUCAAGACGCCGCCAAUGGGUGCAGUUUGCCCAACCUUCGUGGCUGCCUCGCCAGACGUGAAGGUUUCGGGAGAGUACUUCAUGCGAUGCCGGCCUGCCAAAGUCCCUCAGGUUGCGCAAGACAGCCAGAACGUCGAGAGGCUGUGGGUGCUCAGUGAGGAACUCACCGGUAUCCAGUCAUGCAUAUGA